CUUCGUGUUCUUCCAUAAACCCAGAACGAUGCUUUCUUUGGAGCAGAAAUAAUGGCCGAUUAUGCGGAAGCUAUUCGUGCUAUGAGGCUGCGGAUUCGAAUACAACGGCAGCUUCCUUUUCGAUUCCUCGGUUCCGUUGUGCCGGCAAAUGCCCAGGUACUUUCCGACCUCCGUUGCUCACCAAUUUUACUGUCUACUUCAUCGGAAGUCGCUUCACGUAUCUCGGAGCCUCCAAUGGAAGCUCCGAGACGAAUUGAAGCUGACGCAACCGGAUUUGGUUGAACGAAUCUCCCGCAUCCUAGUCCUUCGACGAUUCGAUGCCCUCGUGAAGCUGUCCUUCAGCUUCUCCGACGAGUUGCUGGAUUUAGUCCUCCGUAAUCUCAGACUAAAUCCGUAUGCUUGCUUAGAGUUCUUCAAAUUGGCCUCUAAACAACAAAAGUUCAGACCGAAUAUCAAUUCCUAUUGCAAGAUUGUUCACAUAUUAUCAGGGGCCCGAAUGUACAAGGAGGCUAGGGCGUACUUGAAUGAACUUGCGGUUCUAUGCAAGAACAAUUACACCGCAUGUGUAGUAUGGGAUGAGCUUGUAAGGGUUUAUAGAGAAUUUGCAUUUUCUCCUAUAGUUUUUGAUAUGAUUUUGAAGGUUUACGCGGAGAAGGGAAUGACAAAAUUUGCACUGCGUGUGUUCGACGAUAUGGGGAAGUAUGGUUGUGCUCCAUGUUUAAGGUCUUGCAAUAGUUUGUUGAGUAAUUUGGUAAACAAUGGAGAAACAUUCAAGGCUCUGCUUGUUUACGAACAAAUGAUUGCAUUAGGUGUUAUUCCCGAUGUCUUUAGUUAUUCAAUACUGGUGAAUGCAUAUUGCAAGGAGGGAAGAGUGGAUGAAGCCUUCGACUUUGUGAAAGAAGUGGAGAGGUCAUGUUCUGAACCGAAUGUAGUAACUUACAAUACUUUGAUUGAUGGGUAUGUUAGUCUAGGAGAUAUUUUUGGGGCAAAAAAAGUAUUGGAGUUGAUGUCUGAAAAGGGCAUCUCUGAGAAUUCCAUAACUUAUACUUUGUUGAUAAAAGGUUAUUGCAAGAGAGGUCAGAUGGAGCAGGCUGAGAAGCUAAUGAGGUACAUGGAGGAGAAAAAUUUGUUUGUGGACGAGCAUGUUUAUGGAGUGUUAAUGCAUGCAUAUUGCAGUGCUGGCAGAAUAGAUGACGCCCUCAGACUAAGGGAUGUGAUGCUGAAAGCAGGAUUAAACAUGAAUACUGUAAUUUGCAACUCACUUAUUAAUGGGUAUUGUAAGCUUGGUCAUGUUCAAAAAGCAGCAGAAGUGUUGGUUAGUAUGGAAGAUUGGAACCUUAGACCAGAUUCUUAUAGCUAUAACACUCUUCUCGAUGGGUUUUGUAGACAAGAAGAUUUCAAUGAAGCCUUCAAGCUUUGUAAUGAAAUGGACAAAAAUGGAGUUAAUUUGACUGUUGUGACUUACAAUAUCCUCCUCAAGAGUUUUUGCCAUGUUGGUUACGUUGACCAUGCCCUACAGAUUUGGAAUUUAAUGCAGAAAAGAGGUGUGGCAGCUGAUGAGGUUAGCUAUUGUACACUUUUAGAUGCAUUUUUUAAAGUAGGUGCUUUUGAUAGAGCUAUGAUGAUAUGGAGAGAUGUAUUGUCGAGGGGUUUUACAAAGAGUACAACUCUUUAUAAUACCAUGAUUAAUGGCUUUUGUAAGUUGGGGAAAUUGGUGCAAGCACAAGAGACUUUUCUUAAGAUGAAGGAACUAGGCUGUCAACCCGAUGAAAUAACAUAUAGAACUUUAAUUGAUGGAUAUUGUAAAGUUGGAAAUAUGGUAGAAGCUUUUAAAUUUAAGGACUUGGUUGAAAGGGAGGGGAUCAGUGCUUCCACUGGAAUGUACAAUUCUCUGAUUACUGGUGUUUUCAGAUCUGAAGAAUUACCCAAAUUGAUUGGUCUUCUUGCUGAGAUGGGGAGCCGUGAACUAUCCCCGAAUGUUGUAACUUAUGGCUCUCUUAUAGCUGGUUGGUGUGAUAAAGGGAUGAUGAACAAAGCAUAUAGUGCAUAUUUUGAGAUGAUUGGCAAAGGGAUUGCACCUAAUAUCAUUAUAGGCAGCAAAAUUGUCAGUAGUCUGAACCGACUCGGUAAGAUUGAUGAAGCAAGUCUGCUAUUGCAUAAAAUGGCAGAUAUCGAUCCUAUUGUAGAUUGUGUAUGUUCUGCUAAACUUCCCAAGUCGGGUUCAACACACCUUGAAACUCAGAAAAUUGCGGAUUCUUUUGGUCAAAGGGCCACGAGCAUCCCUCUGUCAAACAAUAUCGUCUAUAAUGUUGCAAUUGCAGGGCUGUGCAAGUCUAAGAAGGUUGAUGAUGUCAGAAGAAUCUUGUCAGAUCUGUUACUUAGAGGCUUUCGUCCUGAUAAUUACACGUUCUGUUCCCUAAUUCAUGCAUGUUCUGCUGCUGGUAAAGUCAAUGAAGCCUUCUGUUUAAGAGAUGACAUGAUAAAGGCAGGUCUUGUUCCGAAUAUUGCCGUGUACAAUGCUCUUAUAAAUGGUUUAUGCAAGUCCGGGAAUCUCGACCGAGCUCAAAGACUAUUCCAUAAGCUGCACCGGAAGGGUUUAUCACCCACUGUUGUUACAUACAAUACUCUGAUUGAUGGAUAUUGUAAGGCUGGUAGAACAAUUGAGGCUUUUAAACUGAAGGAUAGAAUGACAAAAGAAGGCAUUUCUCCCUCCUCUGUUACCUAUUCUACCUUGAUACAUGGGCUUUAUAAGCGAGGAGAUGUUGAACAAUCCGCGGGGCUUUUGAAUGAAAUGAUCAAGACAUGUAAAGACUCAAGUGUAACGGAUCCACUUGUGGUUCGAGUUUACGUCAAAUGGAGAGACAAGCAGAAGACAUCUGAACCGAACUGCUGAACUGAAGUCCAGCCCUUGCUGCUGCGUCGAGCUCGACUCGAUUAUUCAGCCCUGCGGGUCAAGUUCCAACGCUUAUUUCAAGCUGGUAUUCAUGAUGGAAAAGUAAGAAAUCUUUCUAACUCGCUAUAACUCACUAACCUCAUACUAUUUGAAGAGAUUUUGACAGUUUACAAAGCAAGAACAUGUUCUUUUGAUGUUUUCUUGUUUCAAGCUUGUUUACAAUGUUAUUCUUUUGAUUUUGUCAUUAUAGAUGGCAAUAAAAGCACAUUCUUUUUA